CGCCGACAGUCAGCACAGUUCGUUAACAGUCCUAGUCGAGAUUCUAGGAGGUUCAACCAGCGUCCAGUGCCUGUGUGUCGAGUGUGUGUGCAGUUUGUUUUCUGUUCAUCCGCAGUUAACCCCACUUCCUUAUUUUGAACGGCACCUUACCGUUAACGUUGUUCAACCAAAACUCAACUUGUGAUUUACACUUUGUGAACAAAAAUGAAGCCAUUUUUGAUUGCCGCAGCGCUGCUCAUCUCAACGGUGUCCGCCUCAUGGCACGGAGCCGUGUCCACACAAUAUCAGCAUCUGGAUCCCCAUAGCCACACCUAUUCGUAUGGCUACGCCGAUCCCAACUCACAGAAGCACGAGACGCGUGCUCACGAUGGCACUACACACGGCUCCUACUCCUAUGUGGAUGGACAUGGCCAUACACAGUCGGUGUCGUACACGGCUGAUCCCCAUCACGGCUUCAAUGCGGUAGGCACCAAUCUGCCCCAGGCUCCGGCCGUGCACCAUGUGGCACCUGUUUAUGCCGCUGCCCAUGCUCAUGCCGCCUAUGUGCCAUACGCUCAUCAUGGCAUCCACAUUCCCGUGCUGACCCACGGCGGUGUUCCCGUCGACACACCCGAGGUGCAACACGCCAAGGCCGCCCAUGCUGCCGCUCAUGCCGCUGCCGCCCACAAUGCGGGUGGUCAUCAUCUGUACAAGCGUUCGAUCUAUGGCGGUGCCUGGGCUUACGGUGGUGCUGCUCAUGUCCCACUCACCCACGGUGGUGUUCCCGUCGAUACUCCCGAUGUGCAGGCCGCCAAGGCUGAGCAUUAUGCUGCCCAUGCCAAGGCUCUGGGACAUGUUGCCCAUGGUCAUGGUGCUCCCGUCGACACACCCGAGGUGCAACACGCCAAGGCCGCUCACUUUGCCGCUCAUGCCGCUGCCCGUUCCGGUUCCGCUCAUGCCAUCGCUCCCCUUGCCCACCACGGUGGCUACCAUGUGCCUGUGAUCCACAAUGGUGUGCCCGUCGACACCCCCGAGGUGCAGCACGCCAAGGCCGCCCACUUUGCCGCCCUCUCGCAGGCUUCCGCCCACGGCAGCUCGCACAGCACCUGGGAUGAUGGUCACUACGAUGGUCGCUGGGAUGCCAGCCACGACAGCCACGCCCACAGCUAUGCCAGCGGCUAUGCGCACAAGGGUCCCAUCCACAUCCCGGUCAUCCACAACGGUGUCCCCGUUGAGCCCGCUGAGGUGCAACACGCCCGUGCCGCCCACUUGAAUGCUGUGGCUGCUGCCAGUCACGGUGGUGCUGCCCAUGGUGGCUACUACGGUGGCUCUGCGCACGAGGAUGAUGGCCAGUACCACGCGCACUACAACCACUAUUAAGUCCAGAACCGUCCACAGUUUUGGUUUAAAGCCAUUGACCCCGAGAACCAACAACGACAACGAUAACGAUAACGAUUACGACGAGCAUCCCUACAUAAUCUGCCCGAUAUCUAUUUGUUUCACUCUAACGACACCGAAGCAAGCUAGCGUAUAUACAACUGUCUCUUUCACUCUAUAUUCUCUAUCAGCAACAACUUUAUCUUCAUCUCUGUCUGACACACACACGUAAUUAACAAUGGGAGAUUUGAGCUGCUGUCUCAAUUGCCCAUUUCAACUUUUUUUUCAACCAUCUCCAGUUCCAAUAUAGAACUUCUUUCAUUUCUAUCUGAACUAUUCACCACUUUCUAUCUUAAUCUAUCUUCUGUCUCACUCUCUUCCACUGCCAACUGCCACUGUCAAGUCUAUAGUUAUGCUCUUCAUUCUACUUAU